AUGUACAACGGUAUCGGAUUAACCACUCCCCGUGGAAGCGGCACAAAUGGCUAUGUCAUGCGUAACCUCUCGGCACUUCGUGUGCACGAGACUGCCGCAGACCGAGCUGCUGCAUGGGAUGUGGCUCCCCCAAAACACAGGGAACCGGACGAGGCUAUUUUGGAACACGAGAGAAAGAGAAAGGUUGAAGUCAAAUGUCUGGAGCUGCAACUGCAGCUAGAGGACGAUGGUCUGGAUGAAGACACAAUCAACACGCGAGUUGAAGAACUUCGCACAACUUUGAACAAGGAUUUGGCAUCACUCGCUCCAUCCGCGAAAAAACUAAAACCAUCUGACACGCAUGGUAUCGCAGCUGCCAAAAAGGCUGAACUCGACAAAAUGGCCCGAGCAUUUGGCACGAAAAGUAACUACACGGAGGGCGAUGCAUUUGAUCGAGAAAAACAGGAGGAAAACAAGAUGCGUCGUAUGGUUGAGCGAGAAGAGCGCGAGCGGAAACGUGAGGAAGAUAGGUUGAGAGUGAUGGAGCAAAAGCAGAAGUGGGAGGCAGACAAGAGGGAGCGCGAUCGCUUGCGUCGAAGGGAGGAGGAUAGGGUAAGAAGAGAGAAGGAGGAGACCGGCCGAAGGAAGGAGAGAAUGCCUCCUCCUCCCGUUCCUGCAUUCAGGGAUCGACCCAGAGAUUUUCAUGGUGAGCGUGACCGCAGGAGCCGAAGCCCGCGACGUGACAGAGACGUCCGACGCCGCAGGUCACCUUCUCGGUCUCCUCCGCCUCGUCGGCGCUCUCCGUCUCCUGUGCAGUCUAAACGGUCUCGUUCCCCCGGCCGAGCAGGCUAUCGGCGUUCUGGGUCUGUAACACCACCACUGAGGCGAUCGCCACCCCCCACACGGCCGCGUGAGCGUUCAGAAUCGCCUCCUCGUCGUGGCCGUGAUCGCUCAGAAACACCGCCCCGCCGACGUGGACGGGAUAGGUCAGAAUCUCCAACUCGGCAAGACCGAGAGCUCUCACCUCCUCCCCGUAAUGGAACAGACCAGGAUCGUGGGAGACAUGCCUCGCGAUCACCGCGACCUACAGGACGUGGUCGCUCAGGUUCUUCAGAUUCGUCCAUGUCCGCAUCCAUGCAAUCCACUGCGCGUCUGACUCGUCUGUCAGGUCCUCUCCCAGUUACCCGGCUGCAAAUUUUGGCUCGAGGCUCUAGUGCGACCCCAUCAGCAGCACCCAGGCGGCAUGCUUCAAAUGUUGUAUCUGAGCUUCCAACAACCCCCAGUACACGCUACUUGAAGCCUAUAUAUGACUUUUCUGCACACACUCAGUCCUCUGCAACCAAAAUUACUAUUGCGCUUGGUGAUGAAUACCUUCUUCCUGUCUACUCACGCCCUCCGUUCGUGCUUUCGCAUGGACGUGGUUCCUGGGUUUGGGACGCAGAUGGCCGAAAAUUUCUUGAUUUCAGCGCAGGUAUCGCAGUGAAUGCAUUGGGACAUGCAGAUCCGGGUGUCUCACAGGUGUUACAGCAGCAAUCAUCGACCCUUCUCCAUACUUCAAAUGUAUACUACAACGAGUGGGCACCAAAGCUAGCGCAGCUUUUGGUAACACUCACUGAAAAAGAAGGUGGACUAGGUUACGCCGCUGGCAGCACCUCCCCGUCUUCAUCAACCGCUAAGCACGGGGCCCACGGGGCCAAGGUCUUCUUCGCCAACUCGGGCACCGAAGCGAAUGAAGGCGCGCUGAAGAUAGCUCGCAAAGUUGGAAAGGACCGCUGGGCCGCGGCCACCGGUGGAAAUGCAGACGAUCCUUCGUGUCCUAAGACCCAGAUCGUGUGCUUUGAGAACUCUUUCCAUGGUCGAAGUAUGGGUGCUCUGAGCGUGACGUCGACGGAAAAGUACCAGAUACCCUUCCGACCAUUGAUACCUGGGAUCAGCGUUGGCAAACUCAAUGAUAUGGAAUGCCUCCAUAGGCUUAUCACCGAUGAUACCUGCGCAGUUAUUGUCGAACCCAUACAGGGAGAGGGAGGCGCUGCUGCCGCAAAUCAAGAGUGGCUGACGAAUCUCCGAAAACGCUGUGACGAGACAGGAUCAGUCUUGAUCUAUGAUGAGAUUCAGUGCGGGCUGUACAGAACUGGGAAUCUUUGGGCGCAUUCGGCGUUGCCGAUUGAUUGCCAUCCUGAUAUCAUCACGAUGGCGAAGCCACUCGCUAACGGGUAUCCAAUUGGUGCCGUAUUACUACGUGAUACCAUUGCAUCUACAAUGACUCCAGGCACUCAUGGGACGACGUUUGGAGGGUCGCCCACGGCUUGUGCAGUUGGACAUCACGUUCUGAACCGCCUAAGUGAUCGUGCGUUCGUCGCUGGUAUGAAGGAUAUCAGCGCGCACAUGAACAGUCGGCUUGAAAAUUUGCCGAAAAUGUUCCCAGCCAUCUUACAGCCUCACGUGCGCGGUCGUGGUUUCAUCCGAGGCAUUGGCUUCAAUGACAUCUCACAUCCUGGAGAAGUAGUGCAGCUAGCGCGAGAGCGUGGAGUAUUCCUGCUGACUGCUGGGAAAGAUGCAGUACGUUUCGUGCCUUCUCUAAAUGUCAACAAGGAAGAGGUGGAUAUAGCUAUGGACGUGCUUGAAGGGUGCCUGUCGUCUUUGCGGGGUUAA